ACGCAAGUCUCGAAGCUCUGUCUUUGGGGAAAUAUGGCAAAUAACGCCUCUCCUGAACAGAAUCAAAAUCACUGCUCUGCAGUCAACAGCAGCAUCCCUCUGAUGCAGGGCAACCUCCCCACUCUGACCUUGUCUGGAAAGAUCCGAGUUAUGGUUACUUUCUUCCUUUUUCUACUCUCCACAACCUUUAAUGCUUCUUUCCUGUUGAAACUUCAGAAGUGGACUCAGAAGAAAGAGAAAGGGAAAAAGCUCUCGAGAAUGAAGGUGCUUUUAAAGCAUCUCACCUUAGCCAACCUGUUGGAGACUCUGAUAGUCAUGCCACUGGACGGAAUGUGGAACAUUACAGUCCAGUGGUACGCGGGAGAGUUCCUCUGCAAAGUCCUCAGUUACCUGAAGCUUUUCUCCAUGUACGCCCCAGCCUUCAUGAUGGUGGUAAUCAGCCUGGACCGCUCCCUGGCCAUCACGAGGCCCCUAGCUGUGAAAAGCAACAGCAAGCUCGGACAGUCCAUGAUUGGCCUGGCCUGGAUCCUCAGUAGUGUCUUUGCUGGGCCACAGUUAUACAUCUUUAGGAUGAUCCAUCUAGCAGACAGCACUGGACAGACGGAAGUUUUCUCUCAAUGUGUAACACACUGCAGUUUUCCACAAUGGUGGCAUCAAGCCUUUUAUAACUUUUUCACCUUCAGCUUCCUCUUCAUCAUCCCUCUUCUCAUCAUGCUGAUCUGCAAUGCAAAAAUCAUCUUCACCUUGACACGAGUCCUUCAUCAGGACCCCCACAAACUACAAUUGAAUCAAUCCAAGAACAAUAUACCAAGAGCACGGCUGAGGACCCUAAAGAUGACAGUUGCCUUUGCCACUUCAUUUACUGUCUGCUGGACUCCCUAUUAUGUCCUAGGAAUUUGGUAUUGGUUUGAUCCUGAAAUGUUAAACAGGGUGUCAGAUCCAGUAAAUCACUUCUUCUUUCUCUUUGCUUUUUUAAACCCAUGCUUUGAUCCACUUAUAUAUGGAUAUUUCUCUCUGUGAUGGAUAGGCUACACAAGAAGUCAAGUAAAGAAGGGCAGGUAAUGAAUUUCUCCAUUUGUGAAUGAUAAACACAAAGUUUUCAGCUAUUUAUGGACAAACAAAGCAGGAUUUAAGCUUAAGUUACAACUCUUAUUCUUUUAAAAACAUAUUGUCAGAACCUCAAUUACAAGGGAGAAAACAAAAACUUCAGGAAAAAGACUGAAAUAUUUUCUCUUAAUCAUAAGCUUCUAAAUUAAUCUCUGCCCUUUCAGACCUCAUAUAGCACAUUAUGUGGGUUUCUUAUCACUUUCUCUUUGUAUAAAAGUGCAUAAAUAUUUAAAAUAGACACAGCCUAAGGCAAAAAAAGGUGCCAAAAAGUAAGGCUGGUUUACAACACAGUCCUAACCUCAGCAUGCUAUGAAGUUUUUCUUCAAAAGGGAUUUAGUAGUAAUUACAUUCUUAUGCUGUAACAAUACAUAGAGCACAGAGGACAGUAUGUCUCCUGCCCGUAAGAUCAAAUUUCCCUC